CCGCGCGGAGGGGAGAGCGCGGGCGGAUCGGUGUGGUUACGCAACGCGCCCUCUACCUGCUCAGCAGCUCUGAGCGCAAGCUCAGCUGAUCGUCCGCCGCACAAGACAGGCGGCGAGCGGGGCUCCCCGGACGAUGGCGAGUCUGCACCACGUGGAGGUGUGCACGGCCAACGCGGCCCGCCUGCUGCGCCUCUUCACGGGCGGCUUCGGCUUCGGCUGCCUGGGCCGCCGCGUCACGCCCCGCUGCCUCCAGUGGGUGGUGCGCAGCGGCCACGCCACAUUCGUCAUCACUCAGAAGCACCGGCAGGUGCCGGCCGACGCUCCCACCGACGCGCGGUUCGCCAGCGGCGAGCCGUGGACGCUCUUCUGCUGCGCGGACGGCCCCCAUCGGCGCGACUCCGUCUUUAACGUGGCGCUGAGCGUGCGCGACGUGUGGCGCACGGCCGAGCGCGCGGCCCGCGCCGGCGGCCGUCUGCUGCAGCCGCCAGUGCGCGUGACAGACCAGCUGGGCAGCGUCGAGUACGCCGUGGUCGGCUCCGUCUGCGGCAACCUGGUGCACACGCUGCUCAACCGGGAUCGCUACACGGGCGCGUUCUUGCCGCGCUUCGGCAGCGGGGAGAGCGCGGCGACGGUGGAAGACGACGGCGCGGGGCGCGACGACGAGCACGUGGACCACGUGACGCUGACAUGCCGCCGGGGGGAGAGCACGGCGCUGGUCGACUGGUACCGGCGGGUGUUCGGAAUGAGGAGGUUUCGACUGAACAGUGAGGACAGCGAGGCGGACGGCGUGCGGCUGGAGGGCGACGUGGGGAUGGCGCUGAAGGCCAUGGAGUACUGGCGCUGCGCGGAGACUGGGCUUAGCUCGCCGCCGACCUCCGACCGAGAGCCGACGCUCAAGUUCGUGAUCGCCGAGAGUCUGCAAGACGGUUCGCACGUGGAGACCUUCAACCGUGAGCACGGCGGUCCGGGCGUGCAGCACAUCGGUCUGCACACGCGCCACAUCGCCGGCCGUGUCGGCGAGAUGGCGCGCCGCGGGGUGCGCUUCCGGAAGCCGCCGGCCGCCUACUACAGCCAGACGGGUAAAGGUGACGAGAUAUCCAGAGCGGGCAUCUGCGGAGACGAGCUGAGGCUGUUUCAGCAGCUGGGACUCCUGCUGGACUCCGAGGCCGACGAGGACUCGCACAUGGGCAACAGGUACCUGACACAGGUAUUCAGCGAGCCGCUGUUCGAGGAGGACACCUUCUUCAUGGAGGUGCUGGAGCGGCGGGGAGCGCGCGGCUUCGGCCAGGGCAACAUCACAGCUCUGGCGCGCUCCAUAGUGGAGGACCAGCGCCAGAGGCGGGAGGCGGACGCCUCAUGACCGUCGGCCCGACCCGACGUAGGCCGCCUAGCUCAGUGGACAGAUGACCGUCGGCCCGACCUGACGUAGGCCGCCUAGCUCAGUGGACAGAUGCUUUACAUAUCAAAGGUGUGCGUCGAUUGGACGAGCGCUGAACUGGACGUUCUGUCCUGUUCAGAGGGG